UCCCUCUCUCUCUCUCUCUCUCUCUCUCUCUCUCUGUUCUGUGUUCUCUUCUCCCUGCUCUCUCUCUCUCCGUGUGCUCUAUCUGUCAGUACACUCUACAGAGAGACAAAGGUGUGUGGUUAUGUGCAAGGAGCUUGAGUUUUUAUGUUCUUUGAUGGUAUAAUGAGAAGAGGACUCAAUCUCUUCUUCUUUGAAGAAGAAUAUGACUUUGCAGGAAGAGGAGAAUCGACAGCUUCUCAGCCCAGCAUUAGUUCUCGAUGGAUUAUACUGCGAAGAGCAGGGCAUUGAGGAAGAUUAUGCUUCUGGUGAUAGUGGUAGUGAAGUUUAUGAUCAGGUUGUGAGAAAGGACUCGCCUUUUUCUUGUGUUCUGCUUGAACAAGACUUGUUUUGGGAAGAUGAUGAGCUGUGUACUCUGCUCUCUAAAGAAAAAGAGAGCCACUUUUGCUUUGAUAAUGUAGUCUCUGAUGGGUCUUUAAUGGUGGUUCGUAAGGAGGCUAUUGAUUGGGUUUUGAGGGUAAAGGCUCACUAUGGGUUCACUGCCUUGACCGGCGUUCUUGCUGUGAACUACUUUGAUAGGUUCAUUUCAACUUUAAAGUUUCCAACAGACAAGCCUUGGAUGAGUCAACUUGCUUCUGUGGCUUGUUUGUCUCUGGCUGCCAAAGUGGAGGAGACCCAAGUGCCUCUUCUUUUAGACUUGCAAGUGGAGGAAUCAAAGUAUGUUUUUGAAGCCAAGACUAUAAAGAGAAUGGAGCUUCUGGUGCUCUCUACUCUUCAAUGGAGGAUGAAUCCUGUGACUCCAAUUUCCUUCUUUGAUCACAUUAUAAGGAGGCUUGGACUAAAGAAUCACUUGCAUUGGGAAUUUCUUAGGAGGUGUGAGCGUUUACUUCUCUCUGUCAUUGCGGAUUCGAGGUUCAUGAGUUAUCUUCCUUCUACAUUAGCUACUGCAGCUAUGCUGCAUGUUAUUAAGGAGGUUGAGCCUUGUAAUCGAGUGAACUACCAGCAUGAACUUAUGUCUGUGAUCAACAUCAGUGAGAACAAAGUGAAUGAGUGUUACAAGCUCAUUUCAGAGCUAUCAGGCAGUGAAAAUCGAAGCUGCAAGCGGAAGUAUCCAUUGACAUCCGGCAGUCCUAGUGGAGUCAUCGAUGCAUACUUCAGCUGUGGUAGUUCAAAUGAGUCAUGGGCUGUGUCAUCAACAGUCUCCUCAUCAUCAGUGUCUCGGUUCAAAAGGAAUAGAACCCAAGAUCAGCAGAUGAGGUUGCCCUCACUAAAUCGAAUGUUCGUGGAUUUUCUUAGCAAUCCUUAUUAAUAUUUUCUUCUAAUGUCUACUACAAACAUGUCAUUAUACAUUUCUCUAUUUUGCAUAUUAAUUGUACUAUGCAGUUCUUGAUAUGUGUUAUGCAACCUGUAACCUGUUUUUUCC